UAUAAUUAUGAGAAUCAAUCCUACCCCUUCUAGUCCUGCGGUUUCCACACUUGAAGAACAAAACCUAGGGCGUAUCGCUCAAAUUAUUGGCCCAGUACUGGAUGUUGUUUUUCCUCCGGGCAAGAUGCCUAAUAUUUAUAACGCUUUGGUAGUUAAGGGUCGAGAUACUAUUGGUCAGCAAAUUAAUGUGACUUGUGAGGUACAACAAUUAUUAGGAAAUAAUCGAGUUAGAGCUGUAGCUAUGAGUGCUACAGAUGGACUGAUGAGAGGAAUGGAAGUGAUUGACACGGGAGCUCCUCUAAGCGUUCCAGUCGGUGGAGCUACCCUCGGACGAAUUUUCAACGUUCUUGGGGAGCCUGUUGAUAAUUUAGGUCCUGUAGAUACUAGCACAACAUCUCCUAUUCAUAGACCUGCACCUGCCUUUAUACAGUUAGAGACGAAAUUAUCAAUCUUUGAAACAGGAAUUAAAGUAGUGGAUCUUUUAGCUCCUUAUCGCCGUGGAGGAAAAAUCGGACUAUUUGGAGGAGCUGGAGUAGGUAAAACAGUACUCAUCAUGGAAUUGAUCAACAACAUUGCCAAAGCUCAUGGAGGCGUAUCUGUAUUUGGCGGAGUAGGCGAACGUACUCGUGAAGGAAAUGAUCUUUACAUGGAAAUGAAAGAAUCCGGAGUAAUUAAUGAAAAAAAUAUUGCAGAAUCAAAAGUAGCUCUAGUCUACGGUCAAAUGAAUGAACCGCCGGGAGCUCGUAUGAGAGUUGGUUUGACUGCCCUAACUAUGGCGGAAUAUUUCCGGGAUGUUAAUGAACAAGACGUACUUCUAUUCAUCGACAAUAUCUUUCGUUUCGUCCAAGCAGGAUCAGAAGUAUCCGCCUUAUUGGGGAGAAUGCCUUCUGCAGUGGGUUAUCAACCUACCCUUAGUACAGAAAUGGGUUCUUUGCAAGAAAGAAUUACUUCUACCAAAGAGGGAUCUAUAACUUCGAUCCAAGCCGUUUAUGUACCUGCGGACGAUUUGACCGACCCUGCUCCUGCCACGACAUUUGCACAUUUAGAUGCUACUACCGUAUUAUCGAGAGGAUUAGCUGCCAAAGGUAUUUAUCCAGCAGUGGAUCCUUUAGAUUCAACGUCAACUAUGUUACAACCUCGGAUCGUUGGCGAGGAACAUUAUGAAACUGCGCAAAGAGUUAAGCAAACUUCACAACGUUACAAAGAACUUCAGGACAUUAUAGCUAUUCUUGGGUUGGACGAAUUAUCCGAAGAAGAUCGUUUAACUGUAGCAAGAGCACGAAAAAUCGAGCGUUUCUUAUCACAACCCUUCUUCGUGGCAGAAGUAUUUACUGGUUCUCCAGGAAAAUAUGUUGGUCUUGCAGAAACAAUUAGGGGGUUUCAACUGAUCCUUUCCGGAGAAUUAGACAGUCUUCCCGAGCAGGCCUUUUAUUUAGUAGGUAACAUCGAUGAAGCUACCGCGAAAGCUAUGAACUUAGAAGAGGAGAAAGUGAAAGAAAUAAUUUUAUCUACUAAUAGUGGCCAAAUUGGCGUAUUACCAAACCACGCCCCUAUUGCCACGGCUGUAGAUAUAGGUCUUUUGAGAAUACGCCUCAACAACGACCAAUGGUUAACGGUGGCUCUGAUGGGUGGUUUCGCUAGAAUAGGUAAUAAUGAAAUCACCAUUUUAGGAAAUGAUGCGGAAAUAAGUACUGACAUUGAUCCGCAAGAAGCUCAACAAGCUCUUGAAAUAGCUGAAGCUAACUUGAGUAGAGCUGAGGGUAAGAGACAAGCAAUUGAAGCGAAUCUAGCUCUCAGACGAGCUAGGACACGAGUAGAGGCUGUCAAUGUUAUUUCCUACUAGUCAAGUCAAUACAUCAAAAUAAUAAAGAGAAGUUUUUAAAAAGUUCUUUAUUAUACACCACAUGUUGAUUCUGCCAAUUGAACACAAUCAAGUCUAAUCUGAUAAAACAAAAAAAGAAGAUGGGGUAGAAAAACUUAUUAGAUAUCAUUUCAUCGACUCCGGUAUCUAAUAAGUUCUACCUACUAUUGGAUUUGAACCAAUGACUCCCGCCGUAUGAAAGCAAUACUCUAACCACUGAGUUAAGUAGGUCAUUUAUCACCACAAAAAGAACCCAUCACUUCGGGGAUUAUAGGUGGAAUAUUAUUUCUAAGCAAUACUAAUCUGUUCUGUUAAGCGUAAAUAAAUCUGUUCUGUUAAGCGUAAAUAAAAUAAAUAGAUCAGAGAGCUAUGAUGUGGAUUAUGGAAUAUCCAUCUUGACAAGAAAUUAUCUAUAUGUUAAGAUGUCUAUGACAAGGGCUAUAGCUCAGUUGGUAGAGCACCUCGUUUACACGCGCGCCAAUGCUUUUCAAAGGAGCCUAUUAUGCAAUGAACAUAAUUGAUCGUAUUGAGAAAUCGAUGUCUUACUCCAUAGGUUCGAGGGAACAAGAGAACAAUAGCCUGACAAAUAUUUGGUUCGGUCCGAUUCAGGCGCGAAUUCAGUUGCCAAAUCAAAUAGAACCCGCCAUUGAUUUGAUAGUUGAUAAGGUAAAUACCCAGCCCAUUCAAUGCUAGGCAUAAUGAGUAUAAGGGCCUCAAAAUAACCUCUUUUCGUCCUAUGAACUUUAAGGUGUAUGAAGUCUCAUAUUCGACUGUUGCAGCGGAGCGAUAGAGAUUCCAUUUAACUUAGGUUGAUCUAGGCCGAAGGCAGACCUAAGUCAAGAUAACCCUUCUUUGAAACACUUUGGUAUUGCUCCUAGAUCAGAAUACAAAUAAUAAAUCAGAGCACAUGGAACCAUCUCAUUAUCUUCCUCUAAAGAAAAAAUAUGGUGGACUAACUGAUCUUUACAUCAGUUGAUGAAAGAGCCCAAUGCAACAAAAUGCAUGUUGGGUCUUUGAAACAGUUCGAAUCAUUUCGAUAAUAAUCAGUUUGAUCUGUUUUACCGAGAAGGUCUACGGUUCGAGUCCGUAUAGCCCUA